UUGUGCGCAGGCGCCAACCACGAGUUGGCCGUGGCGGGGUGGUCAUGGCGGAAGCCGAGGCGAGUUUCGCCCACAUGGGGCUGGAUGCGCGGCUCUUACAGGCGAUAGCAGACCUGGGUUGGGGUAAGCCCACGACGGUGCAGGAGGCUGCCAUCCCGCUGGCCCUGGAAGGCAAAGACUUGCUGUGCCGCGCCAAGACGGGCUCCGGCAAGACGGGGGCCUACGCUUUGCCCCUUCUGCAGGGUCUGUUGAACGCCAAAAUGGGCCCCUCGGUGUCUGCGCAGGUGGUGCGCGUGUUGGUCCUGGUGCCAACCCGUGAGCUAGGCCGGCAAGUAGUCAGCAUGCUGCGCCAACUGGCCUCGCACUGUGCCCGCCACGUGCGCUUCGUUGACGUCUCGGGCUCGGAGGACAUGUCUGCCCAGAGGCCCAUCUUAAUGGAGAAGCCAGAUGUGGUUGUGGGCACACCUUCCCGGGUCCUGGCCCAUCUGCAAGCACACAACUUGAGCCUGCAGGACUCCCUGGAACUGCUGGUGCUGGAUGAGGCAGACCUGCUUUUUUCCUUUGGCUUUGAGGAUGACCUGAAAAGGCUGCUCUGCCAUUUGCCUAAGAUCUACCAGACCUUCCUCAUGUCAGCCACCUUCAACGAGGACGUACAAGCGCUGAAGGAACUGGUGCUGCAUAAUCCUGUGACCCUCAAGUUGCAGGAGUCUCAGCUGCCAGACAGCUCCCAGCUCAGCCAGUACCAGAUUCGGUGUGAGACGGAGGAGGACAAGUUCCUGUUGCUCUAUGCACUUCUGAAGCUUUCACUGGUGCGGGGGAAAGUCAUUCUUUUUGUAAGCACCAUUGACCGCUGCUACCGCCUCAAGCUCUUCCUGGAGCAGUUCAGCAUCCCUGCCUGCGUGCUAAACUCAGAGUUACCUGUUCAGUCUAGGUGUCAUAUCAUCACUCAGUUCAAUAAGGGCUUCUAUGACUACAUUGUUGCCACAGAUGAGCAGCACCUGGCAGAACCAGAGGUACUGCAGCAAGGAAAGAAGAAAAAGGGCAGCAAAGCAGCAAAAAUCAAAGGCCAAGAAUCUGGCGUUGCACGUGGCAUUGACUUCCAGAAUGUGUCUGCUGUCAUCAACUUUGACUUCCCACCUUCAGUUGAGUCCUACAUCCACCGAGCAGGCAGAACAGCUCGUGCCAGCAAUCCUGGAACAGCAUUAACUUUUGUGUCCUGUUCAGAGAGUGCCCAGCUGGCCAAGAUUGAGGCUGCACUUGUGGGAGAGGGCAACGCAGUUACCUUACAACCGUACCAGUUCCAGAUGGAAGAAAUUGAAGGCCUCCGAUAUCGCUGUCGGGUUAGUGUUUUUGCCUCGGUAGAAUCAAAAUAUGAAUGGGGGGAAUUCGAUAUCCUAGGGGAUUCUCUAGGCAAUACAGAUUUACACAUUCUUUUCCUCCCUACAAAAUGGGAAGAGGUGGAUGUCAUUUCUUUUAUGUAAGGCUGUUUGUGAGUGUGGCUAUGAGGCCUGGGCAGAACUUGAGCAAGUGUUGGGAGAUGAGAUCCACCUGACCAUGCUUAUUUUUAUAAAGGGAGAAAAGACUUUGACAUGAUGUUCCCAUAGAAUUGGCAGAACUGACACUUUGUACUGCUAGUGCUGUUCAUUUGGUAGCUUCCUGGCCUCUUCAAUAUAGGUUUUUCUUAGUAUUUAGAGUGAGAUGGAGAUUGCCUCGACUUUUCAUGUAAAGUGAUGCCUUUUGGGGCACUCAGUUGACAGACAUAUUGCCUGCCUGAAUUCCAAGUAGCGGCAGAUUAGAAUUAGUAGAAUCCGCUAAAUUGACAUAAAUAAACACAAUUAAUGCACUUUAAGCAAGGGCUGAAAAUUUUAAGCUUUUUUUUUGCUGCAGGCAAAGGAGGGAUUGCCAGACAACAGGGUGGAAUGCAGUAGCAUCAUUGGGUGCACCUGAAUUGCUCUCCAGCCCCCAUAUUAUACCUUUACCUUUAUCUACCAGUGGAUGCAUGUGACCAGGUGGGCAGAGCGGGUGCCUCAUGGCUGCUGCAUUGC